ACGAGCAGCUGAUGCAGGGGGCAGUUCCUUGCACAGCACACUUAGAAAGCGACAACCCGAAGGCAUCUUGAAAUAGCAAUUCAAAAGAGGAGGAGGGGAAGAAGGAGGAGAGAAAGGAGGGGGUUUUGAGUGAGAGCAUUGGUAUGCCAGGCUCAAUAUCUAGCAUGGCUGUGGAGAAGAAACAGAGUGUCAUCCCUCCAUCGCAGGGACCACUUUCUACACGUACCGUCGAGAGCCAGAGGAAGGGGAAUGGAUCUGAAAGAACGAGAGACAAUAUCAAACCAAAUUCACAGGCAAAGAAAACGGCCUGUUCUGUCAACAACUCUGCCCAAAUCUGCCACACAGCCACUCCACGGGCCACUGCAGUGGCUAAUGGACCAAAUGUUGAUGAGAGGCUGAAAGCAGCACGGGAAAGAAGAGAGGAACAACAGAAGUUACUUGCCUCUCGGGAACUGAGCAGGGUGGAGAGGGAGCAGCGGGCAAGGCGAUACUAUGAACAACAACUGCAGCAGCGCAAGAAGAAACUCCUGGAGCAGAGGCUCAAAGAGGAGAGGAGGCGUGCUGCUGUGGAGGAGAAGCGCAAGCAGAGACUGAAGGAGGACAGAGACCGAUAUGAAUCUGCAGUGCGUAGGACACUGGAGAAGAGCCAAAAAGCCCAACAGAACCUCAAUCAAAACUCAAGAGGAAGGAAGCUCACCAAGUACGCUCCACGUCGCUUGCCACUGACAACAUGGGAGAAGAACUUGGUCAGUCGCCUCCUUACCCCCACAUGCUCUUAUCUGGCCAGAAGCAAGAGUGCUGGUUGUCAGUCAGGAGAAGAAGUUGUCCAUAUUUGUCGCCGUGCAGUUUCAUUCCACUCCAUGAAUACCACCACCACCACCACCACCACCCCUCACAAAACCCAGCACCACUCUGGUUCAGUCCACCACAGGCCAUCUGCCUCCCCCAGUCCCAGCAACAGCCAGCACAGAAGCAUCAAUCUGGCACAGAUCAAAUCAGCGAGAAAGCAAGACACCAAUAAGAAGAACUCAAACAGUGGCUCAAAUUCUAGAUCACCUGCCGUCAACACCAGUGUCAAACGAGCCACAGUUACACAAAGCAGAACACCCUCCCCCUCACCUGAACGGACCCCCCGAAGAUCAAUCAGCAGACAUUCAACCCCGCUGCAGCUCGAGCUCCCAUCGGUCCCUGAGGAAGAUGUUGCAAUUUGUAGUUCUGCCCUCUCUCCUGGUAACUCAAGGCCUGUCAGGACACCAGCUGAAGGUCAGCAAGAGAAAAUGAGGAACGAAAACCCACCAGAGACUCCAUGUUUGAACCUGCCCAACAAGAAGAUAGAAGCUAUAAGCAGAACUGCAGGAGAUGGAAGUCUUUCCCAGACGCCUCUUCGUCCAGCUCCACAGCCUCCUGAAGUCAUGUGCAGGCCUUCAGCUGGGACUACAGACCCAGAGGAGGCCUCACGUCUCCUGGCUGAAAAGAGGAGAGAGGCCCGACUGCAACGGGAGAAAGAGGAGCAGGAGCGCCUGCAAAGAGAGGAGGCUGAAAGGCGGAGUCGUGAAGAACUGGAGCGCAGGAGGGCAGAGGAGCGAGCACGACAGCAGGCCGAAGCUCAACGUCUCAUAGAGGAGAAGAGGAGAAGGGAGGAAGAGGAGCAGAGACGAGCUGAGGAAGAAAGAGCUCAGGCUAUGAAGGAAGCCGCCCUUCUGCAGAAACAGCGAGAGGAGGAACAGGCCAAAGAAAAGGCCAAAGCAGAGCAGAUGAAGCAAGAGCGAGAAAUACUCGCACAGAAAGAGGAGGCAGCCCGCCAAGCAAGAAAAAAGCGACUUGAGGAGAUCAUGCGGAGAACCAGAAGGACAGAUUCUCCAGAUACGAACUCUGUACCAGUGAGGACCUCGCCAAAUGAAGCCCAACCAAAGGAAAACACAGAGCCUGUGCACAAUGGCACUAUAGAAGAUGCAGUCAAACUGCCAGUGGGGACUAAAACCUCACAGCUGGGGCUGAACAAUGAGGAGGACAUGGUACCUGUUGUGGCCUUCAAAGAACGUAGGUCUCUGAGGACUCUCACAGGCCUGGAGGAAAUCCAGACCCACCAACGAGCAGAGGUCAUCUGAGCACCUGCAAAGUGGGCAGACAUUCAAAGACCGUACUGGAGAGCAGUGAUUUCUCUGUGAAACACAGGAAUUGCUGCAGCACAGCCAUUUUGCUGCCCGUUGGCACCUUGAAAGAGCAUGUAAAAUUACAGCCUUGCCUCUCACUGAGGACAUCAGCAUUUGGUCACAUUUCUGUGUGUAACAAGUGGCACAAAUACUGGGCAAGUUAUUUAUUAAUUUCUUCAGUACAGCAGGUGUCUGAACUAAUAAUGACUAUCCAAAAAACUGUAGAUGUAGACAGUGGUAAUGAUAGUUUGCUGGCAAAUACAGUUUCAGUUAUGGAGAGUGUUGCCUUUGUGAAAUACUAGGAAUAGCCGUUCUAACAAUCACAACAUAUGUUAGCCAUAUGCUUUUUGCUUAUUCCUGAUAUUUCUUGCUAUUCUAAGCACUUUUCCUUCCUCAGUUUUGUCACUGUGGAAUAGCUCAAGUGGCCAUUUGCGCUAAGAACACAAGAGUUUUUAAGCUCACUUCCUACAUAAAUCCCUUGAUUUUGUGAAAUAUAGCAAUCACAUAUUUCAAAGCUGCUACGGAACUUAGUUUCCAAAGACUUUGCUUCAGUUUUGUGGGUGUUGUUUUAGAGAAUAAAAUGCACAAAGCUUAUUGCACUGACAGUUGCUAUGUUUGAUAUUGCGCAAUCACUUUACAAAGCAAAGUUUAAGGCAGAAGUUAAGAAGUUAAGUGAGUUUAUUACAAUAAAAUAAUAUAAAAACAAAUGUAUCUGAUCAUCAAUAUUUGAUCUUAUAGUUUAAGUACUGCUUAUACCUAUCACUUGUUAACCUGUUAUAAAAUUGAAACAUAUGCCAUAUUUAAUUAAAGGUAAUACUAUGCCGCAUCUCUGCCUUGUUUUUCACUUAAUUUGUUGACUGUAAACAUAAAAACUCAUAAAAAAUGUAAAAUAAACACAUUAAAACACCAAA